AUGUUAUUAUUUUAUUUUUCAAAUAUUUUUUUCCUAUAUUUCUUGGACAUUUUGUUUGUCGCUCAUGUUGUUUAUUUAUUUCUGGUUGUUCUUCUGUAUUUUUCUUCAUAUUUUUUUUUAUUCUUGAAUUUAUUUUCUUUAUUCCGUAUUUUUGUCCGCGGUUUCUUCAGUGUUUUCCUUUCUUUCUAUUUUUAUUCUAUACUCUUCUUUUAUUUUUACGUUACUUUUUUCCAUAUAUCUUCUUUGAUCACAUCUUCUUUCCUUCUUUUCCUUAAUUUCAUUUUUCUGCUUUUAUCCAUUAACUUCUGUAUUUCUAUCUUCGUUUUCUUUACUUUCCAAGUAUUUUAUUUUUGUUUUUCUUCCAUUCGCUUUCUUUUUCAUUUUUUUUUAUUUUACAUUCCUUUUUUUCUUCACUUUCCUCUUUUUUCUCCUUUUACACUUUUUCGUCUUAUUUCUACUUUUCUUAAAUCUUCGCUUCCUUUUUCUUCUUUUUUUCUUCACUUUCCUCUUUUUUUCUGCUUUUUCCAUUUUCUUCUUUAUUUUUGUCUUAUUUUCUUUAAUUUCCAUGAAUUUCUGUUUGUCUUCCCUUCGCUUUCUUUUUCUUCUUUUUUCUUCUUCAUUCCUUCUUUUCUUCACUUUCCUCUUUUUUCUGUUUUUAUCCUUUUUCAUCUGAAUUUCCCUCUUUUCUUUAUUUUCCAAGUUUUUCUAUUUUUCUUCCAUUCACUUCAUUUUUCUUCUUUUUUUCUUUUACAUUCCUUUUUCUUCUCUUUCUCCAAUUUUCCCCUUUUCCAUCCUUCUUUUUCUUCUGAUUCCCUUUUUUUAUCUGCUUCAGCUUUUCCCUUUCUAUCCAUUUUCUACACUUUAAUACAUUUUUUUAUUUAUUUCUCUCUGUUUUCUCCCACCCAGCACCGUUUUAUUAGCAGAUUCUCUCCAGUCCUCCUAUUCAUAUCUAUCUAUCUAUCUAUCUAUCUAUCUAUCUAUCUAUCUAUGUAA